AUGUUCAAAGAAUUUAAAAAGGAAACGGAAGAAAUGUUUCAAAAGCAAGAAAAAGCAGUUCUCGAUAUUAUUGGGGCUAACAUCAAAAUAAUAAACGAUAGAUUUGAAAAAGUAGAGAAAAAUGUUGAUGGAAAUGCAAAUUGUAUAAAGAAAUUAACAAAAGAAUUAGAAGAUAUAAAUGUAAGCCUUAAUUUUAAUGAAGGACUUAUUGACGAAAAAAUAGUUACUAACAACAAAUAUCUAGAUAAAAAAAUGGAACAUACAAAAAUAGAUAAUGUAUUAAAAGAAAAACAACGAAACUUAGAAGAUCGAUCGCGCCGAAACAAUCUUAGGAUUGAAGGAAUUUACGAGAAUGAUAAAGAAUCAUGGGGGGAUACAGAAAAAAAAGUCCAAACAUUCUUCACCGAAAAACUUGGACUAAAAGAUGUUGAAAUUGAAAGAGCUCACCGCACUGGACGAAAAAACGAUGGACGACCAAGGACUAUAAUAUUAAAUCUUCAGAAAUAUAAAGACAAAAUAAGAAUAUUGAAGGAAUUGUAUCGACUCAAAGGCACAAAUACGUUCGUGAACGAAGAUUUUUCUCGAGAAACCGUCGCUAUUCGAAAAAAAUUGUUCGCUGAAGUGAAAGAAAGGCGAUUGAAUGGUGAAAGUGUUACGUCCAACUCAUCAAAAGAAAAUGUUUCUAUAAAAACACACAGCAAAAUAUCUCUAUCAACUCGCAAUAGUGGAAUAUACUGUAGAAUAUGUCAAGACAAUAAAGCAACUGAGCCCCUAUUAUCUCCAUGCUUAUGUACAGGAACAAUCGGUUUUUUACAUUCCGCAUGUUUGGAAAAAUGGUUAAGUCAGGCAGCAAGAAAAAAGUGCGAGCUUUGCAAUUAUGAAUUUUGUACUGUUAUGACAUCAAAAGGAAUAUGGGAGUGGAUACUUUCACGAAAUCUCUCAAGUGAUCGACGUUAUAUUUUUAUUGAUGCCGCAUGCUUUUUCAUUUUAACGCCGUUGGGUUUUGUUAGUUCAUGGCUUUGCAUACAAGGUGCUCAGCAAUACUAUACCCACGAUGAAUUUUGGACCGGUUUUGGGCUUAUUUUACUCACCGGUUUUUUAGCAAUGCUUUACCUGUUCUGGGUUAUAAUUACAAUUAGGUACCAUUAUUUAUCUUUUAAAAAUUGGCAACGUAACAACACUGAAGUACGAGUUGUGUUUUCGAAGGAACGUUGUAAUGAAGUAGCAAGAAAAGCGAGUUCAAUCAUUUCAAACGUUCACUCCGUCGAAAACGGCGAGGUUGAAGUUAUUCAGCAUAAAACAUUAGAUACAAAGCAAACUGUCGCUAAUGACUGCAUGGUUACAGAUGUCUGAUAAAUUGGAAUCAAAAAAAAUUAAAUUGAAAAAACAAACUUCCUUGCUUCUUAUGUCUUUUUAUAAUGCUCUUUUUUAUGAGAUAGAAUUUUUAUAUUUU